UUUCUUCAAUGGGGGGUUUGUAACAAACAAGUUACCUAUUACUGUGAUGAUUAUGGUUACUUGCUUGAAUUCAAUGAUGAAUAAAAUGGGUACAAUUUGAGUGUCCAUUGUUGGGUUGUGACUUGUGAUAAUUACAUUCAUUCAUCCACAAACUAGAAAGCAUCUACAUUUGGACAAACAUUCAAAGAGACAAAGAUGGGUUUGAAUGUAAAGGAUACUCUUUUUCGUUUAUUUAGAGCUGUUAACGAUUCAACCAAGUCUAGUUAUACAUUUCUACAAAGGCAUCCAUUGGUUUCAGGUGCCUUGUUAGUUUGUUUAAUCCUAUAUAUAUUUCUUUCUUAUAUUUACCACUUCUUGGUUUACAUGUCCCCUUUUCUUGUAUGUGUUAUUAUAUUUAUAAGAAUCUUUUGGAGUUCUGAGCAAACUCAGCUCAAAUAUGUCAAAAGGGAGGAAGUAAAGGGAGAGCAAAAAGUUGUUGAACCACAAGAUCCAAAGAAAGCAAAUAAUAGGAGACAUGAACUGCUUUAUAAGUAUCCAUCACAUAAUGCCACAAGUAGAAGGAGAAAUUUCAGUGACAAAAAAUGGGAUGUAUAUGGUGGUUUGGAAGAAAAGGCCAAGGAUUUGUCAGCAGUUUUUAUUAAUGAGUUCACUAAAAGAAACACACGGAACAAAGAAGCUAGAUCUUUUGAGAAGGGAGAAAGCUCUUUGGAUUAUGGUUUUUCAACCAAAAAAGUUCAAGUUCCUAGAAGGCAAACCUUAAGAUCUGAACCUUCAAUGGUUGACUUGGUGGAAUGCGGUGAUGUAGAGAUAGAAAAUGAUGAUGAUGAGGAAGAAGGAAAAGAGGAUAGAAAUAAGGCUAUAGAAUGGACAGAAGAUGAUCAGAAAAACCUUAUGAAUCUUGGGAUUUCAGAGAUGGAAAGAAACAAAAGGUUGGAGAGUCUAAUAGCAAGAAGAAAAGCAAGAAAACAAGUUAAGAUGCAACUAGAGAAUAGCCUAAAUGAUAAAACACCAAUUGCACCAGUGCUUACUUCAAAAACCAAUCCUUUUGAUCCUUCAAAGGACUUUGAAGAUGACUUAGAAAUGCCUGGUUCUGCCCCUUCUCUUAUGCCAAGAAGCCCAUAUGACUUCCCCUAUGAUCCUUCUGAGGAGAAGCCUAACUUCACAGGAGAUCAUUUCCUUCAAGAUUUUUCUUCUCAUCAAAAGGAUGUGCCAUUCUGUAGACAUGAAAGCUUCAGUUUAGGCCACCUUUUGCCAUCUGACAUUCAUCAAGGGAGGAAAUAUUCAGACAGGCUUGCAUACUCAAGAUUCAGAGGGCCUUCAGGUGACAGCCACAUUUUCUUCUUAUCCUUUUUCACCUUCCUCUCUCUCUCUCUGACUAAGGGUCAUGCAGAUAAGGGAAAUCAUGAUUGGCUAAUUGACCAGUUGAUCUACAAUGAAAAUAGUGAAAGUGGACUUCAACCAUCUGAUCCACUGAGAAAGGGAGAGGGAACAACACAUGAAGAGGAUGAAAAAUGUAAAACAGAUAUGGUUAACAUAAAAGAAGAGAAAAUGGAGAAUGAUCAUGAAACAAAAUUCAUGUCAGAUCAGGUAAGUGAGCCAAACUUAGUUCCAAACAUCUCAAAUAUUGAAACAGAUAAAGCUUCAGAACAACAAGGGCUAGGGCCAAGUUUUCCUAAGCCUCACAAGCGGCUUCUCAAUUUACCAAUAUCUAAUACUGCUACAACUAGUACUACUACUAUAAAUGACUCUAUAUAUGACACUGUCACAUCUAUAGUUGAUAAGAGACAAGAAAAUAUGUUUUUAACCGACAGAAGACUUUGCCACACUCCAACAUAUUCCAUAGCUUCUGAUUUACAAGUGGAGGUUUCUGAAAUUGGUUCACCAGCAUCAACAGUUGAUGAGAAUGCUGAGACUAGUUCAUCACCUGAUAGAGACUCUAUACUAUAUGAUGGUGACAUUGAUAAAGGUGUUAGUUCUGGUAGUGAAGAUUUGUGGGGAACCUCUUUCCAUGGUGGAAGAGAACCACAAGAAGCUAAAAAUGAGGAGGAUAAUGCAGACGUGAACAACAUCUCAAAAGGUGUUGUUUCACCUAUUGCUCUUAGACAAAUAGAUGAAGAAAAUGUUGCUGAUGUGAGCUCUUUGUCCUCAAAAUCUGAUGUGCCUGAAGAUACUCCAACUUAUGCAAUAAAUAGUGAUCAUAACAUCUUUGGUUUUGUGAAAAAUUCCAUGGAGGAAACUGAAGCACCCCAAUCUUCCAAUGCUUCUCAUGUUUUGGAUCAGUUGCCUAAUGAAACACUCUCAGAAAGACCACAGGAAAGGUGCAACUUGCCAGAGAGUGUGAUAACUGAGGCACAAGUUAUCAAUGAAGUGAAUAACUCAGAAGGCACAGAACAAGAUAACAUUGAGAACUCAAGAAGUAAUGAAGAUCCUCCUAGCACAUUAGUAGUGAGGCAAGAAUCAAUUGAUGACGCCUCUAUCUUCUCAAAUUUAUCAUCACCAAGGUCUGUGUUGCCUGAGAAGACCAUAGCAGAUGAAGUUCCAUCAUCACCUAUUGAUCAACACAUGCAUAUAGAUUCUCAGCAAUCUAUCAUGGAGAGUAUGGACCAAGAAACUUUAAAUAGUGAAAGUCUAUCUGAUACCAUGCAUCAAACUAUUCAGCCAUUGAUGGAUGAUACAAUUGAUGAAUCUCAUAAUGUUGACUUCAAUCAUUCUCAGGAGCAGACUAAUCUGCCAGAGAAUUCUACUCCAGAAUCAAAUAUCUUUGACAAUAUAAAUGGUGAAGAAGUCUGCAUUAAUGAAGAGAAAGAGAAGUUAAAGAAUGAUGAGAACAGUGAAGACAAUUCUAACCACCCUCACAAACAAGAGGCUACAACAGAAUCCACUAUACCAAAAAAUGAGAUACCAACUUUGGAAGACAUGAAUGAGAAAUCAAGAGAUUUAGUGAAUGAGAAAUCAAGAGAUUUAGUGAAUGAUAAAGUGUCAUCUAUGGAGCUGAUUGAAGAUGAUAAAAAUGACAAACCAUCAAGUAGUAAUAAUUCAUGA